AUGAUUUAUCCCCUGAUGAAGACCGACGCCGACCCUCCUCCCCCUCCUCCUCCUCCUCCUCCCCCCAGCUCGUCCUGCUUGCUGGCCGCUCUCGUACCUGUGGACGGGCUGCUGCUGCUGCUGCUGCUCUCUGGUUGCGGGAUGAUUGCAGUUUGCGAGCAGCCCCAUCUGGCAAGGACCCGCGGAGUGUCCCUAAGUGAACAGACGUCUAGUCGCAGAGUCCCACGCAUGGCUCUCUCUGCAGGCGGGAGGGACUGCCUGCGUGCGGGAGACACCUGCUCCAGCGACGACUCCUGCAGCCCGCGACUGCGCACCCUCAGGCAGUGUGUGGCGGGGGACGGCAGCGUGAAGCUGGGGCCCGGGGCGCGGAACCAGUGUGAGAACGCCAUGACGGCCCUGCUGUCCACCCCUCUGCACGGCUGCCAGUGUAAACGAGGCAUGAAGAAGGAGAAGAACUGCCUGAGCAUCUACUGGAGUCUGCAUCAGUCGGUGCUGCACGGACUCAGUCUGGUGGAGGACUUCCCCUAUGAACCAGAGGAGAGGGGCUCUGACUACGUGCGUCUGGCCUCCAUUGCUGCAGAGUCUGAAGUAACAACGGUGAACCGCUGCCUGGAUGCCGCCAAGGCGUGCAACAUAGAUGAGACGUGUCAGAAGCUUCGCACAGAAUACGUGUCGUCUUGCAUCCAGCCGUCGGCCCGCUCGGGGCCAUGUAACCGACCGAAGUGCAACAAGGCGCUGAGGAAGUUCUUUGACCGCGUCCCCCCUGACUACACCCACGAGCUGCUGUUCUGUCCCUGCACGGACACGGCCUGCUCGGAACGCCGCCGCCAAACCAUCGUGCCGUCCUGCUCCUACGAAGACAAGGAAAAGCCCAACUGCCUGGCCCAGCUGCGGAACUGCAAAUCAGACUAUGUGUGCAGGUCUCGCUGGGCACAGUUCCAGUAUGAUUGCCAACCUUCCGAGCAGAGCGCCAGUGGAUGCAAGCAGGAGAACUACGGAGCAUGUCUACUUGCGUACACCGGCCUGAUUGGAAGCACAAUAACUCCCAACUACCUUGACAACUCCACAUCCAACGUGGGACCCUGGUGUUCCUGCGCAGCGAGCGGCAACCACAGGGAGCAAUGCUCCGACUUCCUGACUUCCUUCCACGACAACUUCUGCUUGAAAAAUUCCAUCGUGGCUUUCGGGAACGGAUCGGAUGACAAAACGGGCGCCAGCCAGCCCGGGAUGCCCAGUCCAGCGACUGACAACCAGAGCCCGCACUUGGCAACCACCGCCCCGGGCGUCUCCAUGGAAACAGAGCAGAACAUUCUGAGAGCACAGAUACCUACUCAGGUAAACGAGAACGAUAGAUUGUGGGGCGACGAGGAAGACUCCACUCUGCCCUCUCCGGGCCUGUCCGACCGUGGAGCCGAGCCCGUCCACCUGUCCCUGAUGCUGGGCCUCGGUUGGCUGCUCCUGCUGCUGCUCUCCGACCAAUAAGAGGCCUCGCUCACCGGGCCUCCAUGGACCAAACUCCAGACCUGGUGGGGUGUGGGGAUGGAGAGAGAGACAUUUCUAUGUGUCAAAUGACAAUGUCCUGCCCUCGCUCCCCUCUCCAUCUCCGUCACACACACACAAAAAAAAAAUCACUCUUUUUGUGAAUCAUGACUGGUGUAGACCACAGAGAGGGUGCCGCCCACCCAGGAUGUACACACACACACCUCAUUUCCUGCUUCAUGCCUCCCCAAAUACAAACUGUUACCCAUUACACACACAUGAAGACUUUGCUCAUUUGAAAAUAACGUCCAAGCUACAGAAGGUGUACAGUGAAGAGACACUGAUAAUGCAGUGCCGGAAAACUCUAAAAAACAUAUAAAGGAAAAAAAAUGAAACAAAUUUCUUUUUUUUUUUUUUUGUCCCUGAACAUUCCUUGGUGUAAAAGAAAACUAUUCAAUGUUAAGACUUUCUUCUCAGAUGAACUGUGAUAAAGUGUUACAUGAGAUUUAUGGUGGAUGUUUGUCCACAUGCAGCACUCAGCUUUGCUCUCGUCACAUUAUUAUUAGAGAUGAUUUUGUUACCCAGAAAGCACAGAAUAUUAUAUAUCUCACAAAUCACAAUGAAAUUUGACUGUUGUUAUAAGUU